AUGUCGUCCAAUGUUGGCCUCUCCACUCCGCGUGGCUCAGGAACAUCAGGCUAUGUUCAGCGCAACCUCUCUCUCCUAAAGCCCCGCACGGUCGGUGUCGGCGCUCCCUAUAGCCUGGACGCAUCCGCCCGACAACAGGCGCCCAAGACCCGAAAACCCGACCAGGAAAUCCUGAACCAUGACCGCCUACGAGCAAUCGAGGUCGAAGUCUUGGAAUUGAGGGAGAAAUUGGAGGAUGAAGAGCUCGGGGAGGAGCAGAUAGAAGAAGAAUGUGAGAUGCUGAGGGAGCACUUGACCAAGGAGAUGGAGCGUGAGAAGAACCGGGAUGGCGGGAGAUCAGGAGGCAAUGUCAAGAGAGUCGACGGAAGGGGGCUGAAGAGCUACCAAGUGCACGAGUUGGCCCAGGCAAAGGAACAAGAAAGUGAACGAUUGCGAAAAGCUCUGGGGUUGAAGCCUGGCGAAAUCCCACAAGACGAUGAACAUCCUAUGGCGAGACAGGAGAAGAGGAGACGGGAGAGAGAGGGAGUUCAAGAGAAGACGGGAGGCGCAGAAGGAGGUGCUUAG